AUGACCACGCUGCUGGCUGCCAACAAGGACGCCCCCAUCUAUCCGGCCUUCUACUUCCGCGCUUCGCCGACAUACAAUGACUGGGCUAAGCUGACCGUCCGCGAUGUGCAUGGGCUGAGGACUGUGCCGGAGUUCGAGGCCCAAAGCGUCUACUUCCACCUCAACCAUCCCAUCCGCUACGUCCGUCUCAUAGCCACAGUCGUCGGCAUCGAACAAAUAAGCAAAUACGUAAUCCUCAACCUCGACGACCACAGCGGCUCGACUAUCGAAGCGAAGAUAACCCGCGUGGAGCCUAGGGACAUUGUCUCGCGCGAUGCCCAGGAGCACCCCGAAAAAUAUACCCUCCAGAAACCAAAGUCGAGAAGACCAGCAUAUGCAAAUGCUGAGAGUUCAAGAUUGGAAACCUCGGCAUUGGAGAGUCCAUAUUUCGGCGACUCAUUUUGGGAAAAUGCAAUCGGGGUCAAUAAAUCCAGCAAGUCAAGGCCACCGACAAUUCCAGAGGCAAUUCAGGCAAUGACAGCAGCUGGGGUGCGUGAAACCACCAUCGGAAACGUAGAAGUCAUAUCCACUCUUGGUACCUUCGAUGUCCUUGUCGAUGGAACUACGAUUGACGUCGGCUCCGUCGUAAAAGCGAAGUGUACGAUCGGGAGGUUCAGGAACGAGAUGCAGGUGGAAAUCAAGCGAAUCUGGGUUAUCAAAGAUACGAACGAGGAAGUGCAGGCAUGGACCGAUACGUCGAAAUACCGGCAGACUGUGCUCAGCAAACCGUGGCGGUUGAGUUCGAGGGCGCGAAGGAAGGUCGAUGAGCAGGUUAAACAAGAACAAAAGCGACAGGCGGAGUAUACCCGGAAGAAAGCAGAGUAUGAUCGGAAGAAGAAGAGGGAGGCAGAGGAGAAAGAGAGGAAAUGGGCGACAGAGGUCAGGCGAUGGGAGGAGCGAGAGGAGCUGAAGAGAAGGGAAAAAGAGAAGGUGUUCAAUGAAGGGGCGUUGAUAUGA